GAGACUCGGGGAGCGGGCACGGCCGCUGGAGGAGGGCGGGAUCGCGCGCCGCGGGAGCUCGGCGCGUAGAGUCUGGGCCGGGGAUAGUGCGGGGCGGGCAUUUCUCGCCUUCUCCCGCCCGAGGGCCUUAUCUGAGAAAAGCCAGUGCCAGCGCCGCGCUCGGGGUGCUGCCGAGAGGUGGAGCCGCUUUAGAGGAGACCGCUUUCAGCAACAGAACAGAAGCUUCUCCCGAAAGAGCCACACGUUCCUGCCCAAGAUCUUCUUCCGCAAGAUGUCGUCGUCAGGGGCCAAGGACAAGCCUGAGCUGCAGUUUCCUUUCCUGCAGGACGAGGAGACCGUGGCCGCGCUGCAGGAGUGCAAGACGCUCUUCCUCCUGCGCGGCCUGCCGGGCAGCGGCAAGUCCACCCUGGCGCGCGCCAUCGUGGACAGGUACCGCGACGGCACGAAGAUGGUGUCGGCCGACGCCUACAAGAUCACCCCCGGGGGCCGCGGAGACUUCUCAGAGGAGUACAAGCGGCUGGACGACGAGCUGGCCGCCUACUGCCGGCGGGACGUGCGCGUCCUGGUGCUGGACGACACCAACCACGAGCGGGAGCGGCUGGAGCAGCUCUUCGACCUGGCCGACCAGUACCAGUACCAGGUGGUGCUGGUGGAGCCCAAGACGGCGUGGCGGCUGGACUGCGCCCAGCUCAAGGAGAAGAACCAGUGGCAGCUGUCGGCCGACGAGCUCAAGAAGCUGAAGCCGGGGCUGGAGAAGGACUUCCUGCCGCUCUACUUCGGCUGGUUCCUGACCAAGAAGAGCUCCGAGAGCCUCCGCAAAGCCGGCCAGGCCUUCCUGGAGGAGCUGGGCAACCACAAGGCCUUCAAGAAGGAGCUGCGACACUUUGUCUCUGGGGAUGAGCCCAGGGAGAAGAUUGAACUGGUCACCUACUUUGGGAAGAGACCCCCAGGCGUGCUGCACUGCACAACCAAGUUCUGUGACUACGGGAAGGCCGCGGGGGCAGACGAGUACGCCCAGCAGGAUGUGGUGAAGAAGUCUUACUGCAAGGCCUUCACGCUGACCAUCACUGCCCUCUUCGUGACGCCCAAGACUACGGGAGCGCGGGUGCAGCUGAGCGAGCAGGAGCUGCCGUUGUGGCCCAAUGACGUGGACAAGCUGUCCCCCUCCGACAGCCUGCCCCGGGGCAGCCGCGCCCACAUCACCCUCGGCUGCGCGGGUGACGUGGAGCCCGUGCAGACGGGCAUUGACCUCCUGGAGAUUGUGCGGCAGGAGAAGGGGGGCAGCCGAGGCGAGGAGGUGGGUGAGCUACACCGGGGCAAACUCUACUCCUUGGGCAACGGGCGCUGGCUGCUGAGCCUGGCCAAGAAGCUGGAGGUCAGGGCCGUCUUCACGGGAUACUACGGGAAGGGCAAACCUGUGCCCGCGCACGGCAGCCGCAAGGGGGGCGCCUUGCAGUCCUGCACCAUCAUCUGAGCGUUCCCGCCGCCAGUGCCCCCCCACUCCUCAGAAGGGGGGGACAGGGAAGCAUGCCUUCUGCUUGAUCUUUAAGAUUUUUUUUUUUUAAAGUUAACCUUUCUGUAACUUUUUAAAAAUUUGUAAAGUAACUUUUCCUGCCCUCCCUCGUCCCCUCUAACACCCAAGCUUUCAACACAAGAGGGGUGUGGGGAGCGCCAGUCAGGAACCCAGAGCAAAGCUGACGAGGCUAAGCCAAGCUGGGCCUGGAGCCGCAGCCACAGCCCCAAGCCCUGCCACCUGUCCCAGGUCCCCUGUCCCCGCCCUGAGCCGGCCAGCGGGGAGACACCCCAGAGCUGCAUGUCCCCACAGUGUGGUCACGGUGGCCGUGGGAAACUGGCCAUUGAUUUGAGAGGGUGGGGGAAUCCCUGGGCUUUGACCCCGCAUCUUAAUCACUGCAGCCCCAUGAUGUAGGCUGGGGCUUUUUACCAGGGCUUACAAGGGUCUUUACGUCCCACCUUUGGCCCUAAGUGCCUGUCCCCUCCUCCUUUACACUGUGACUAGGGACAGCCACAUCCCAGCCGGCUGCAGGUCUCGCCCCAGAGAGGGGAUGGGCUGCCAUCCUUUCCGGCAGGGUGGCUCUGCUAUGGGGAUGGGGAGAUUGAAGCCAGAGAAAGUACUGUCUGCCCAGUCCAGCUUGCCUCCUUGGUGCCCCAGGAGGCCCCUGCGCCGCCUCGACAGGGGGUCAGUCGGUGGGGACCAGGAGCCAAUGGAGUGGACCCCUGGCUGGUGAGGGCCAAGCCCUAGCUGGUGCCUCUGAGAAGGGGUUUUUAACAUUGGUACAUGUGCUGUGGUUCCUGGGGUGCCCUCCGCUGCCCCCCCCAGUAACAGGGCCUUGCUAAUCGGGUUGUCACUGGAUGAAAGUGCUUGAGAUUUAAGUUACUAUCCUGGCUUUGCCCGACCUCAGUGACUUGUAAGACUGACCGUGAAAUAAACCGUGUUAAUCCUA